AUGGUAGACGUUACCAUCACCGUGAGCACGCCCGGGCUUCAUACAGUCCCGGUCGAAGAAGUCCAAGAAUUUCCCUUUGAGGGAGGAAGCGUUGCAAAAGCACAAGGAGUCAAUCACCCUCCGCCCCCUACUACGGCGGCAGAGACAGCAACGAGAUCGGGCAUGGUUUGUCACGCCACCCAAACCGAUUCAGAAGAUGAAAUGCCGCUCCAAAAGAUCAAGUCUGUCCGUUCUCGGUCUCCAUCGCCACCGCGCAAACCACGGCCGCUCAAAGCCUGGACUGACCAAAUCCGCAACCGCCUAGCCAGUCCACAUGGACGCAGAGCGCCCGUGACAGUCGAUGCCUCGGGGGUUCCUCAUCUCGCUCCUCCCAUGACCGAGUCGCCUUUGCGUCCUGCGACUCCGGCAGCAGAUCUAUACCGCGGUCAGGCAGAUGACAGUUUUGGAAUGACCUUUGAGCAUCCAGAUCAUCCACAUUUGCGGAAAGGGCACAAACCUCCAGCUUGCCCGUACAACCAUGAGGACCACAAACACAGGAUGUUGAUGGAUUGGCUGGAGAGGCGAGGUUCGGUCUAA